AUGGCUGAUACUAUCGAAAAGGACUUCAAUGCUGCUGUAGCAUAUGUUAGAGGCCUACCGAAAGGCAAAAGCCCAAUCAGCACAUCAAAACAAUUGGAUUUUUAUUCCAGAUUCAAGCAGGCAACUAUCGGCACGUGUGCUGAACACGGUGGAUCCCAACCAUGGGCUGUGCAAGUAGAAGCUCGAGCCAAGUGGGAUGCUUGGAAGAAGCUUGGUGACAUGUCAAAGGAUGAGGCUAUGAAGGAGUACGUGUCAAUGCUCAAUGAGGUUUCCCCUACGUGGAAAGAAGGAGUUAACUAA